UCAUUUAUAGAUUGGAUUGAAGGCGGCUGGUGUGUAUGUGUGUGUACAGUACAGUAUUUUGUUUGGUUGGAUGCUGUGGGUAGUUGAUUGCUGUGGGCUGUACUUGCAAGACACACCUUUUCAAGACAGCCCCGUGUGCAGAUCCGGGUGUAGACAAGAAGCCUGUGUGAAAACAGACUCGGUCGCAAGCUCAAAGCAGGAGAGCAGAUGGCCUCUGCAAAUGACACCAAGCCAGCGCCGAAAGAUGCUGCGGACCAGAACUUCGACUACAUGUUUAAGUUGCUCAUCAUCGGCAACAGCAGCGUAGGCAAGACCUCGUUUCUCUUCCGCUACGCCGAUGACUCCUUCACGUCUGCCUUCGUCAGCACCGUGGGCAUUGACUUCAAGGUGAAGACCGUCUACCGGAACGAGAAGAGGGUGAAGCUUCAGAUAUGGGACACGGCAGGCCAGGAACGUUACCGCACCAUCACCACGGCCUACUACCGGGGAGCCAUGGGAUUCCUGCUCAUGUACGACAUCACCAACCAAGACUCCUUUGGUGCAGUACAUGACUGGGCUACACAGAUCAAAACAUACUCAUGGGAUAACACCCAGGUGAUUCUAGUUGGCAAUAAAUCUGACUUGGAAGACAACCGUGUGAUCCCCACAGAAGAAGGAAAGCGACUGGCUGAUGAAUUAGGCUUUGGGUUUUUCGAGGCGAGUGCAAAGGAGAACAUCAACGUGAAGCAGGUCUUUGAGCGGCUGGUGGAUAUCAUCUGCGUGAAGAUGUCCGAGAACCUGGACAUUGACCCCACCUUGCCGAAUAACAAGAAUACCACUCUCACGGAGAACAACAGACCCCAGGAAGGCAACUGUGCAUGCUAGGGUGCCUCACCCCUAGCCUCUGGCCCAAAUCACCCACCACAGAUGGCAACAGGGGCAUAACUUUCUAAACGCCCUUUAUGUGGCGAAUGUUUGCAUACCAUGCAUCUGCGAGCUAAGAAUUUCACUGUGAUUUGCCACAUCUGACAAUAAAGUAUUCAUUUCAAUUCAAUAUUUAGACUGCUGGCUGUUAAGGGCGCUGGUUUGUCCAUCGCCCACUUUCACCGCUGUUUUUUGCUGGAGGAUUGGAUUGGUGCAGGGAUAGACCACCACAGUUGCCCCAAACCUGGAGGGAGAUCUCUGCUUGUGACUGAGCGAUGUUUGAUGUACGACGUGGGAUUGUAGAUCGAAGCCAAGCCAGUGGAUAUUUGCCCUCACAUGCCAACGUGCCUCAUCUACACUAGUCCUACCUGCCUGCGUCUGGCCCAUAACCUUCCAAACCUGUCCUAUCCAUGUACCUGUCAAACUGGUUCUACAAUGUUGCAAUAGUCCCUGCCUCAACUACCUUCUCCGGCAGCUCGUUCCAUACACCUACCACCCUUUGUGUGGAAACGUUACAUCUCAGAUUCCUAUUAAAUCUUUUCCCUUUAAUUGGCCUCUGUAAAUUGUCCCUUGUAUGUAGGAUGGACCUAGUGUACGGGGUGAUUGUUGGUCGGUGCAGACUUGGUGGCUGAAGGGCCUGUUUCCGCUCUGUCUCUCUAAGCUAAACUAAUCUAAUCUUUUAGAUAGACACCCAUUUCAUUGUCUCUUAUGAGACAAUGACAAUAAAUUGAAUCCAAUCCAAUCCAAUCCAAAAAGCUGGAGUAACUCAGUGGGACAGGCAGCAUCUCUGGAUAGAAGAUAGGGUGACGCUUCGGGUCGAGACCCUUCUUCAUCCAUUUCUUCUCUCCAGAGAUGCUGCCCGUCCCGCUGAGUUCCUCCUGCAUUUUGUGUCUAUCUUUGGAUAAACCAGCACCUGCAGUUCCUUCUCACACAAAAACUAAUCUCAUGAUCGUUCCAUAUCCUAUACCGAGCGCUGAUUCGCUUUGGAUGUGUCUGUACAGAGUUUCAAGUUAUUUACCCAGAUUCUACGAGUACUACCAGAUUUAGGGAGAAGGAAGUCUUCAAAUGGAAUGGAAACACAUGCUGUGAAUGUGAGCAUUUCUAUCCUGGACAUGAACUUAUUGUUGGGACUUUUGCUUGUUUGUAUUGAGCGAUUUCUGUCUGUUUUAUGUCGAGAAAAAAUGACUUUAAAAAUAAAUAUUGAUAUUUAAAAAA